AUUAUAUCCGUAAUACCCAUUGACCGACGACAAACACACUUUACAUGGCCAUCUUUCCUAAAAAUGUCGUCUACGGAGCCUUUAGAUCGACUCCCUUUCGCCCUAAGUCCAAAUGGCCCAGCAAGCGGAGAGAUGAUCUUAGGAGUGACGUGGGCGUUUACAUCAAUGACCAUAAUAGCGCUCAUCUUUAGGCUACUGCUUCACGCGGGGAGGUUCGGUCUAGACGAUUGGUUCAUGGUUGCAGCUGAAGUAUGCCAGGUUGUAUUCCAGGGUUUGGUCACUAUACAACUCUAUUGGGGACUUGAAUGGAAGCAGGACGGCGAUCCAAAUACUCAUGCCGAGUACAUACAAUAUAUGAAAUAUGGUUGGAUUGCGUCAACACCUGCUAUCCUAGUGUCUGUCCUGGCGAGAAUCUCAGCGACUCUCCUCUUGAAUCGAUUAUUCGCAUCCAAAAAAUGGCUUAGGUGGUAUUUAUAUGUCUUCACAACUGUUGAGACAUGUGUUGGCACACUUGCUAUCAUAUCUAUCUGGCUUCAGACUACGCCCAUCGAAGCAACCUGGAACGUUACCAUGGUCGGGUACGCCAGACCGGGGCUUAAAACACUUGUGCCAGUAAGCGUAGUUCUAGGCCAAGUUCUGUUCACCAUCUCGGAUUUGACACACGUCUUAUUUCCAGUUAUCAUCGUCUGGAAACUCAACAUGAGACCCCGCGAGAAAUUAUUGUUAAUUAUGAUGCUAGCCCUAUCGUUAACAACCAUGAUUGCCUCGAUCUUGAAACUGGUCACGUCUUCGAGAUCCAUGGCCCAGUCCGGCAAGGCACUGUUGAGAAAUCCAGAUGUAAGCACGGUCUACAUAUGUGUCGAGCAAUGCUUAGCCAUCAUCAUGGGGUGCAUCCCGAAAUUACGCCACAUCGCUAAACUAAGGCGGCAUCCCAUCUUUGCGUCAUUCCCGAAAAAGGCUAGGAGUAGAAGUCAAACAAUUGAAGAGGGUACAUCACGGGAAAACUUAAGUUAUCAAACAUACCAUGAGACUAAUUCUCGAGGGCGGCAGGUGGCUUGGGAUGGCUCUACAGGGAGCCGUGAAGUUGUAAAUCCUAACCUGAUAGUAGUAUGCGCCAGGGAAGAGAAUGAUAUAGGCUUGGAGAUGAUCAGUAAUGAUGGCAUUCGAAGAGUAGAUGAAGUUACUAUAACCUACGACCGGAAAACUGAGCCUUAAGAACCGGUUUCGGUUCGUUUGAAGACACGAUAGUUUCAUUAUAUUAAUAUUAAAUCGAGAUAUACCCUGAGUUUACCAAGGGAUAUUACCUACCCUGAC